AUGCAAGAGCUAUGGAGCUUAGGCAUAGAGUGGGAUGAAUCAGUUCCCAUGCACAUUCAUAGAAUAUGGGAUCAAAUAAGGUCGCAGUUAUGUUUGCUCAAUAAGGUUAAGAUACCUAGGUUAGUAAUUUCCGGGAAGGCGGACUCUCGAAUACAAAUACACGGAUUUUGCGACGCGAGCGAAAAGGCUUACGGUGCCUGUAUAUACCUACGUGAGCAAAGCAGGCAAGGUGAGAUAGUUGUUUCAUUGCUUUGUUCAAAGUCACGAGUGGCACCCAUGAAAAUGUUAUCGCUGCCGCGGUUAGAACUAUGUGGCGCCGUACUACUAACAGAUUUAAUGAAUAAGGUAAUAAACAGUUUAAAUUUAAAGGUGCAACAAAGAUUUUACUGGACGGAUUCAACAAUUGUAUUAGCCUGGAUAAGCUCCCCCUCCAGAAAAUGGCAGGUGUUCGUCGCGAAUAGGAUUAGUAACAUUCAGGAUAAUUCUUCACCUUCCGAAUGGCGACAUGUGAGGUCUAAGGACAACCCCGCAGAUUUGAUAUCCAAGGGUACGACCCCAGAAAAAUUGAUACAAACUAAUAGCUGGUGGGAAGGACCUCAGUGGUUGAAAGAAGAGGAAAGGUCAUGGCCAAAGGAAGAGGAGGAAUUAGCAAUCGAAAACGUACCUGAAAAACGAAAACAAGCGGUAAUAGCAGCGGCUGUGACAGAUAAAGUAGUCAUAGAUUAUAAAAGAUUUUCGUCAUUAAAUAAAUUACUGUGA